AUGUAAAGUUCUAUGCUUUAAAUUAAUCUAAAUACAUUGUAGAAUUAUUCGAUUAUGAUUCUGACAGGGAUCUCUAAAUAAAAGAAUAAUUAGUAGUUCAAUCCAAUAUUGCUUAUACAAACUCUUAAAACAUUUUAAUUGGAAUUUAAUCUUCGUAUAUUAUCCUAACUAUAUAUUGAAUGA